GCGCACGCGCGCGGUCGUCAUGACAACGCCGCUGCCACGGCCGGCGGGAUGCAGAGAGCAUGCAGCGCCGCCCGCAGCAGGCCGGGCCUGGGUCCCGGACCCCACCUUCCGCCCCAUCUGCGACCCCUACUCCGGCGUGGGCUGCGGCCGACUGUAGCGCUGCAGAACCUGUUGGCGGUCUACAGGAAUAUUAUUAUGAGCUAUGUAUGGAAAAGUCCCAGGAAAUUAAACCUUUUAUAUUGCAUAUACUCCAAGAAGUGGACGAAGAAAUUGAAAAGGGAUUGGUAGGAAUCACGUUAAAUGUUGCUGGUAACUGUCACUUAAUGCCAGUAGAAAGAGUAACAGGUGAAGAUUUUUGGAUUCUUUGCAGAAUUUUAAAGAAUAAUCCAUAUAUUAAUGCUUCUAUUCAUCUGUGUUCUUCAGGUUUGGAUGUUAGAUAUAACCUCAUAAGUGAUGUUGGCGCAUCCUAUGCUGCAAAACUGCUUCAGAAACAACAUAAUCUCAUUUACUUAAACCUUAUGUUUAAUGACAUUGGGCCUGAAGGUGGAGAACUGAUUGCUAAAGCACUACAUAAGAAUACAACUCUGAAGCACCUAAGAAUGACUGGAAACAAGAUUGAAAAUAAGGGUGGAAUGUUUUUUGCUGCGAUGCUACAAAUUAAUUCAUCCUUAGAGAAAUUAGAUGUGGGUGACUGUGAUCUGGGAAUGCAGAGUGUGAUAGCAUUCGCUACAGUCCUAACUCAAAACCAAACAAUUAAGGGAUUAAACCUAAACCGACCUAUACUGUAUGGUGAACAGGAAGAGUCCACAGUUCAUCUAGGCCACAUGUUGAAAGAAAAUCAGUGCCUUGUUGAACUACACAUGUGUAAGCAUGACAUAAAAAACUGUGGUAUGAAACAGUUAUGUGAUGCACUGUAUCUGAACAGAACCCUACGCUACCUUGAUGUAAGCUGCAAUAAAAUAACUCAGGAUGGAAUGGUGUGUUUGGCCGAUGUACUGAAAAGCAAUACUACCCUGGAAGUAAUAGAUCUUUCUUUUAACAGAAUAGAAAAUGCAGGAGCAAACUAUCUCAGUGACGCUCUUGCUUCACACAACAGGACUCUUAAAGCGUUGUCAGUGGUAAGCAACAAGAUAGAGGGAGAAGGACUUGUUGCACUUUCACAAUCAAUGAAAACAAAUCCCACACUCUCUAAUAUCUACAUUUGGGGAAACAAAUUUGAUGAAGCUACACGUGUGGCAUAUUCAGAUUUAAUUCACAUGGGCCGUCUAAAAUCAGACAAUACAGAUGUGGAGCCAUUUGUGGUGGAUGGACACGUGUACCUUGCAGAAGUCUCCAAUGGCCUUAAAAGGCAUUAUUACUGGACACCAGGUUAUGGAGAAGCUUGCAGCCCAUCAUCUAAUGCAGGUUUUACUCUUGUACCAGUAGGUCAAUAUCUAUGAAAAACAAGCUUUAAAGUAAUUUUCAUAUAUUUGUCUUAUUACUCUUCACAGAGAUUAUAUUUUAUUGUCUAUUAAAUUUUCUUUCAUAAAUUAGAACAAGUAAAAGAGAUACUAAACUGUGAAUAACUGUCCAUUGUGAAAAACUGAGUAGUGUAAUUUUUUCAAAGAAAUUUAGCAAAAUAGGGACUAAAAUUUGAACACCUGGAGAAGGAAAUCAAGGAACUAAUUUCUUUUUAUAAAGAAAAUAUACCCAAAGAGUAAAGCAGCAUACAAGGAAAGGUCAUUAUAGGUAUCCUAACUGAAAGUUGUCAUGAAGUGGUAAAAAGGUUUCAGGUGGCAGAUUCCAGGGGCUGUCAAGGGGUUUAGAGGUUGAAAAAGUAUUUUAGGUAUUUUACAAAUGGGUAUUGAUACAAUUUCACAAAUCCAGGCAAAUAUAUAUAAACAUACACAUAUACAAAUACAUAUAAAUGUAUACUUUCCAAACAAGUCAGUGCUGCCAGUGAACUUUUAAAAAAGAUAAUUCUCUCUUUUGGAGGAUGCCAAUAACAUUUUCAUGAUUUGAUAGCAAUUACUGUUGUCUGUGGUCAAUCCUGUUUUCAAAUUAAAAUUUCUAUGAAGAGGCAAUAGACACCACGAUCCUUUGAUUACAGACCCAUGUUCACAAAUUAAUUCAUACAUACCACUUAACUGUUUAAUCUGAAUGAUUUAUUACUGCUAAAGCUGGGCAAAGUGGGAGAAAAAAAAUUUUAUGUGAACAAUUUAAAGAGGUUACUUUAAGUUCUGCAGUCUAAAUGUAAAAACCAUCUAUCUCUAAAUGUUGAGAGGAAUAAAGGUGAUAGCUUUACAGUUGUCAAAGUAUUGGCCUUCACUUAAAGUACUGUGAAUUCCUCAAAUCAUAGCUGUAUUUAUUCAAAAAAUUUAACAUUAAAAAAAAAACCCACAUC